GUGGCAGCGGCCCACGGAAGGUCCGAGCCCACCACAGCUAGGGUUGUCUCGGCGCCAUAAGAGCAAUCUCCUCUCUCUCCCCUCACGCCCCGCCGCCGUCGCCGCCGCUCGCACUGUCGCAUCUCCGCAGGGUUCGCAAAGAUGGCGGUGCCUCUGCUGACGCAGAAGAUCGUGAAGAAGCGGGUCAAGCAGUUCAAGAGGCCCCACCUCGACCGCUACAAGUGCCUCAAGCCAAGCUGGCGCAGGCCCAAGGGUAUUGACUCCCGCGUCAGGCGGAAGUUCAAGGGAUGCACCUUGAUGCCCAACAUUGGAUAUGGCUCUGACAAGAAGACAAGGCACUACCUCCCCAACAAAUUCAAGAAGUUUGUUGUUCACAAUGUCUCUGAGCUGGAGCUGCUUAUGAUGCACAACAGGACGUACUGUGCGGAAAUUGCCCACAACGUCUCCACCCGCAAGCGCAAGGAGAUUGUUGAGCGUGCUGCACAGCUGGACAUCGUGGUCACCAACAAGCUUGCCAGGCUCCGCAGCCAGGAGGAUGAGUGAAAUGUUCAGUAGUUGCAAUUGUGUUGUUCUUAGAACAGUACCGAGUUGGAGAUACUCUUCAACCAUUUUUAUGCUUACGUUAGACAUGUUCUGUGGUCGUAAAUUUGCUACGAGUGUACUAGUGAUGGCAAAUGCCAUGUAGUUUUGAUCUGACAUCAUGAAAGCGUGCCAAUGACCUCCCCAUGCUUAAGGUUUGUGAGUAUAAAUUUUGUUCCUGUGCGUCCAUGAUGUGUGUCAAAUAUUGAUUUUGAUCAGAGAUGUGUUACAAAUAUUGGUAAUGAAUCUGUGAAGCUACUUUCACGAGC